AUGCGGGGCCUGGCCCCGGCAGGAGCCACCCCGGGGGCAGUGGGGCCGCCGCGGGGACAGCGGAGCCGCCGCCGCGCCGUGAGACCAGAAGUUUUUUUCGCCCGCUCUGACAUCACAGGGAGCGGAGCAGCGUGGGGGGUCAACCCGACCAGCGGUAGCUGCAACGCAGUCAACCUGCCGAUUUUUGAUUAUUUUGUCCUGAGAAUAUCUGACAGCCACAAGAAAGUGAAGCAGAGGGCGCUGGACGUGCUGGCUGAAAUCACAGGAGCCCUGAAAGAUGCCUUGAACCCGGUGAUCGUUGAUAAAGUGUCACUGCUGGAAGAGUUCAGCUACCAAUGGAAUCACCUGAGUGGCCAAGCCCUGCUGGAUGUCACCGAGCGUAUCACAGUGCUGGUGCAGGGGGUUCAUGCCAGGAGCCCUGAAGUCGCCCAGCGCGACGCCCUGCCCGUGCUCUGGUCCUGCCUGGGGAACAAGGCGCUGCCUGUGCGGAGCGCCAACGUCCGCACCGUGGCCACCAAGCUCGCCUCUGCCCUCUGCAAGGUGAUGGGCACCCAGCUGAAGGAUGUGCUGCCAGCAAGCCUCCACAUGUGCGGGAAAACCUCUCCAAAAUGCUGGGCCGGUGAAGAUCUGACUGGUUACAGUCUUACUGAGAAGUUUUCUCGGGACACUUCUGAUGUUCCCUCACCCACAAAGUCCUCGCCUCCCAUCCAGAAGAGCUCACUUUCCUCCAAGCUCAGGAAGAAGCUGCCGCCUGAAAGCAACACUGGAGGUGUCAGUGCAGUCCUGGGGUCAGACGGAGGGGCUGUCCCCGGGGCGCGCGGGGCUCGAACGUGGGGCUCGUGGGGCGAGCGGGGAACGGACACGGGGACGAACGGCCCCGGUGCUUCAGUUGCAGCGGCGGCAGCGGCGGCAGCAGCAGCGGCGGCAGCAGCAAAAGCAGAUAGACUAGAAAAAUCGUUCUUUCUCUUUCUCUCGUUCUUUCUCUUUCUCUCCCUUUCCCGGUGUCGGGCACGCUUCUCUCGGGGUCCCUUGCCCGGCGUCCCUCUCCUCUCCCCGCCUCCCUCUCCCCUGCCGGGCCGGGCCAUGCCCCCGGCCCGCCCCCGGCCCCGGGCGGGGCUGCCCCGUGCCCGGCCCCGGCCGUCCCGCCGCGGUCUCGCCUCCGCCCGGCUCUGGCCGUACUGGCGGUGGCGCUGCUGGGCGGGCAUCAGUGCCUGGGGCGGGGGCGGCAUCGCCGCCCUUUGCCUCCGCCUGGCCCGAGCCCGGCCCCGGCCCCGACGCACGGUCCAGUCCCGGCCCCGGUCCCGGCCCCGGCCCCGGCCCUGGCCCCGGCCACAGCCCCAGCCCCGGCCCCUACUCCUCCCGGGGCCCGCGGAGGGCACACGCGGCGCGGCCGCUCCCGCCGCCUCCGCUGCGGCUUCCCCGGCCCGAGCUCCGCCGCUCGGCAGCGCGGCCGCCGGCCCCGAGCCUCCCGUGCCGCGUUCCCGGGAGCGAACGCCUGGGCAUGGCCGGCCCGGGGCGGGUGAGGGGCGCUCGGGGGCCGUUGCUGGCCCCGGGCCGAGCGCUGACAGCCGCGUCCCGCCCGCAGGGACGGCGCAGGAGGCCCUGCAGGAGCGGUACCGGCUGGGAUCGCUGCUGGGGCGCGGCGGCUUCGGCAGAGUCUUCGCGGCCACGCGGCUCUCGGACGGCGCCCCGGUGGCCAUCAAAAGGGUGCCACGGAACCGCGUCCGGCACUGGGGCGAGCUGCCCGACGGCACCAGCGCACCCCUGGAGAUCGUGCUGCUGGCCAAGGUGUCCACUGGCUUCCCCGGUGUGGUCCAGCUGCUGGAGUGGCUCGAGCUCCCCAACUGCAUCGUGAUGGUGAUGGAGCGGCCAGAGCAGUGUCAGGACCUGCAGCGUUUCAUUGGGGCACGGCGGUUCCUGCCCGAGGAGGAGGCGCGGGAGCUGUUCCGCCAGGUGCUGGAGGCCGUGCGGCACUGCACCAGCUGCGGGGUCCUGCACAGGGACAUCAAGCCAGAGAACAUCCUGGUUGACCUGGACACCGGGCAGGCCAAGCUGAUUGACUUUGGCUGUGGCACCUACCUGCAGGACACAGUCUACACUCACUUUGCAGGAACACUGUCCUACAGCCCCCCGGAAUGGAACGACUUUGGCUGGUACCAUGGCGAGGCAGCAACAAUCUGGUCCCUGGGCACUGUGCACCAGAUGGUCUGCGGGGAGCACCCUUUCAGGAGGGGCCGGAACCAGUGGGGCCAGCUCCCGCUGCCACAAAGGCUCUCUCAAGAGUGCAAAGACCUGAUCUGGUGGUGUUUAUCCGUGAACUCCUUGGACAGACCCACACUGGAAGACCUGUUCUGUGUUCCUUGGAUGCAGGAUAUUCCUCUGCCAUAG